ACCAACACUUCAAGCCAAACCCAGAGCGAGAGGGGGCUGAACCUCACGCAGAAUCCGAUCUGUCCCGUGCAGAAAAACACUAGAGAGGCGAUCUCCUGCUGGAAGUGCUUAUUAAAAGAUCUGCUCCAUAUCGGCCCCGAAUAAUUCAAAGAUAUCGCCUACAAUGGAAGAUGGCAGGGAAACAGCUGCGAUGAGAGAGCAAAAACGGAAGGAUCGACAAAUAGAUCGGUGGUGUCACACAAAUGAUGAUACUCAAGCCUUGGAGAAUGCAGACAGUGACAUUGGCUUGUGUGGUUGGAUCCUGGUGCUUUUCUCCAUCCUGCUCACAUUGCUGACGCUGCCUCUCUCCAUAUGGAUGUGCAUUAAGAUAGUGAAGGAAUAUGAAAGGGCAAUUAUCUUUCGUCUGGGACGCAUUUUACGAGGAGGAGCCAAAGGACCAGUGAUCACACUUGUGCUGACAAAGGACUCUGUGACAGUGAGUGUAGAUGGUGUAGUCUACUACCGUGUGCAAAACGCAACACUGGCAGUAGCCAACAUCACCAAUGCUGAUGCAGCCACUCGUCUGUUGGCACAGACCACCCUGAGGAACGUGCUGGGUACAAAGAACCUGGCAGAGAUCCUCUCUGACCGGGAGGAAAUCGCCCACAGUAUGCAGUCCACACUAGAUGAUGCCACAGAUGACUGGGGUAUUAAAGUAGAACGUGUGGAGAUUAAGGAUGUCAAACUGCCCCUGCAGCUCCAGAGGGCCAUGGCGGCAGAGGCUGAAGCAACCAGAGAGGCCAGAGCUAAGGUGAUAGCCGCUGAGGGAGAAAUGAAUGCGUCACGGGCACUGAAGGAGGCAUCUCUGGUGAUCGCAGAGUCCCCCUCUGCUUUGCAGCUGCGCUACCUCCAGACCCUCAACACCAUCGCAGCGGAGAAGAACUCCACCAUCAUUUUCCCUCUGCCUAUUGACAUGAUGCAGUCCUUUGUGAAGCACUGAACUAAGAGCCACAUAAAGCUACCUACACACACACACACACACACAUACAGAUGCAUCCAUGCAGAAAUGAACAGACUGAUGGUAUAUAACAUGCACUCAUGUGAGUAUAAUGUACAACCGGGUCCAGAAGUCUGAGACCACAUUGAAUUCUGGUAUUACAUUUUUGAAACUUAAAACUAAGAAACAUCAUUACUUGAAGUGAAGAAGAAAUAUGUGAGGUUGUAAGUCACUAAUCAAAUAAGUGAAAAUUGUUCAUCAAAUUGGUAAUCAUUUGACACUGUACAGAUAGUCAGAUGUUCAAAAUGCUCUUGGGAUCAUCUCAAAUAAUUCUGGAGAAGAUGUUCAUCAAGUUUUACACAAAUUUGUGGAGGUCAUGCAGCUUGAGUGCUGCUGUUUUUGAAAUAUGCAUUCUAAAGCCCAUGCACGUAUUUAAAUUUUAACCACUCAAAUUGUUAUUCUGAUAAUGUACUAUAUUAGAAAAAUGCAAAAUAGAAACAUUUUCACUAGUGGUCUCAUAUUUGGACCCUACUGUACAUACACCACAUAAGCACAGCCUGAUGCGUGAUCCGUAGAUGUUCCUAGUAAAGACCUGUUCACACUGUCUGAAGGAAAUUUGAUACAGCCAAACAAUAUGAAAGUCAUAAAAUAUUUGCUAAAUAAGAGGCCAUU